AUGCCCGAAACCACUCCGCUACUCCCCAACAAGCCCCCGUCAGUCCCACUGGGAAAGAAAAUCCCUCCGCUACCUCCACCAACUAUCCCUAGCUCAUCGCAAAACAACAACACACUACAAAAGAUUCAGCCCUUACAGCCAACCACCAAGAUUGGGCCCCAAAGAACCUCGAGGACCACCCAGAAAUUGAAACUUCUUCCUGAGGAACCAUCUCUUGAAGAGGAUGAAGAAAGUGGUAGGGAAGUGUACUCUCAAGUGACAAGAAUUAAAGAGACUUCUGCAAGAAAAGAUGCCGAAAGACUUGGAAAAUCAGAAAGAGCUUUAUUGCCUCGGGUUACCGCUUACUGCACUGCAAGCUCCUAUAGAAUGAAGGAAAUGGUUCGUUGGUUGAAUGAUCGUAAGAAGAAAAACCACACCUGGCCUAAAUUGAUUGACGAAUGUCUCUAUACUCCGUUCAAGUUUCACAAAGCUGAUAGAACGAAGAAGAAGAUUGGUGGUAAUAAUAACCAUGACGAUUUGAUUCGACUAGACGAAGAAGGAGGAGAAAUUGAUUUGACGCAAAAUAAAAAAGAUGUAUUUUUGUUCGAAUAUGGGGUGGUGGUACUUUGGGGGUUUAAACAAGAAGAAGAAUCGAAAUUCUUGACAUACCUUGAGAAAUUUGAAAAAGAAAAAUUGGCAGAAGAAGAUAUUCAAAUUGAAGAAUUCAAUUAUUAUAUUACAAAAUCUUAUCAACCAAGGAUUUACAACGAUUUUAUCACUCUUAGGGAUGGUAACAAUUAUAUGAUGAAACUUUCAAUUUCUCAUGCCAUCGCUCAAUCAACCAAGAUUUCAUUAUUUGAAGAAUUGGUCGAUAACACUAUUGAAGAUACCCAAGAUAUACCCCAGCAAAUUGCUUUGGUUGGUAAAGUCGACAUGAAGCGCAGUGAUAUUAUGAAGAGUAUUGGAGAAUUGUUCAUUUUGCGAAUAAAUAUUAACCUACAUGGUUCGGUGCUUGAUUCACCGGAAUUGAUGUGGUCCGAACCCCACUUGGAACCGAUUUAUCAAGCGACAAGGGGAUAUCUAGAAAUCAAUCAACGUGUGGAUUUAUUGAACCAAAGAUUGGAGGUGAUUUCUGACUUAUUGCAAAUGUUAAAGGAACAAUUGGGUCAUUCUCACGAAGAGUAUUUGGAAGUAAUUGUCAUUGUCUUAAUUGCCGUGGAAGUGAUUGUGUCAAUUGUCAAUAUAUUUGUGGACAUUUUGGCGGAUUUUUAG